AUGUUGUUACCAAUCUUGGCAGAGUCAUACCCGCCCGUUGGCGCCAAGCUGGAUGUGCGACGGCCCGGAGUUGGACACGCCGCCCGCACCGACACGCUUGCGCCGAAGCUCCUGUCCCAAGGCAUAGUCAAAUGCCGCAAUGUACCAGACAUACUACCCGCCAACAGCGAGCUCGCUGUCCAGCGUGUGAACGCAGAGGAUGCCGUUGACGUCGGGGUCGCUGACGUCGAGGAAGGAGGGGGGUUGUAG